AUGAUUAUUACUGGUGAUGACCAUGGUGGUAUUGAGUCUUUGAAGCAUGAUCUAGCUCAUAUAUUUGCUAUGAAGGAUUUGGGAUUACUGCUUAAUUUCUUGGGUAUUGAGGUAGCUCAGUCUAAGAAACGAUAUCUUCUUUCUCAAACUAAAUAUAUAUCUGCCUUGUUUACAAGGGGGAGCCUCUCUGAUAAUCGGACUAUUGAUACUCCUCUAGAAAUCGAUGCACGGUACUCUCCUACUGAUGGUGUUCCUUUCUCCGAUCCUAAUCUUUAUCACAUUGUCGUGGGAAGUUUGGUUUUUCUCACUGUUACUUGUCUGGAUAUUGCUCAUGUUGUUCAUGUUGUCAGUCAGUUUGUUACUGCUCCUACCUCUGUUCAUUGGGUAGUUGUUCUCCGUAUUCUGAGAUAUCUUCGUGACACUUAG